AUGCAUUCCCGACACCAUCGAUACAUCGCUGACCUCCAUCUCCGGCAAACUUCCUGCUCACAGAUCCAAACCGACUUUGAGGAUCCGACCUCGGCCACUUUUGUCAUUCGCGAUGAGGAUCACACGCUGGGCAACGCACUGCGGUGGAUGGUCAUGAAAAACCCCGCCGUCAACUAUUGUGGAUACGCCAUCCCCCAUCCCUCCGAGUUCAAAAUCAACUUCCGCAUCCAGACCGACGGCUCGAUAACCGCCCUCGACGCCCUCAACCAAGGCCUCGACGACCUCGUCGCGAUGGCCGAGCACAUCAGCUCGUCAUUCAAGCAGAAAGUGGACGAGCAAACCUAUACCAUUUCUGAGGACGCACUUCCUGUUACUUGGUAG